AUGUUAAGAGAGCUUUAUUUACAAAACAAUUGUUUAUCUUGGAAACUGCCUCCUCAUUGGAAGAAUUUUUCAUCGUUAUCUGUAUUGGACAUUUCAAACAAUAGCAUUUCCGACACGAUUCUGCACAGCUUUUGGAAUUUCUGCUCAAAUAUCGAGGAAUUAUAUCUUACCAAGAAUGGACUACGCGGACAGAUCCCUGAAAACAUAGGUGAACUAUUGCCCAAGUUGAGAGUUUUGGACUUCUCUUCAAAUUCUCUUACAGGUGGAAUUCCCUCUUCUGUUGGAAUGUUAAGAGAGCUUUAUUUACAAAACAAUUGUUUAUCUUGGGAAUUGCCUCCUUAUUGGAAGAAUUUUUCAUUGUUAUCUAUAUUGGACAUUUCAAACAAUAGCAUUUCCGACACAAUUCCGCAUGGCUUUUGGAAUUCCUGCUCAAAUAUUGGGUAUUUAAAUUUUGCCGAUAAUGAACUACGCGGACAGAUCCCUAAAAACAUAGGUGAAUUAUUGCCCAAGUUGUCAGUUUUGGACUUCUCUUCAAAUUCUCUUACUGGUGGAAUUCCCUCUUCUACCGGAAUGUUAAGAGAGCUUUAUUUACAAAACAAUUGUUUAUCUUGGAAACUGCCUCCUCAUUGGAAGAAUUUUUCAUCGUUAUCUGUAUUGGACAUUUCAAAUAAUAGCAUUUCCGACACAAUUCCACACGGCUUUUGGAAUUCCUGCUCAAAUAUUGAGGAAUUAUAUCUUACCAAGAAUGGACUACGCGGACAGAUCCCUAAAAACAUAGGUGAACUAUUACCCAAGUUGUCAGUUUUGGACUUCUCUUCAAAUUCUCUUACUGGUGGAAUUCCCUCUUCUACCGGAAUGCUAAUAGAGCUUUAUUUACAAAACAAUUAUUUAUCUUGGGAACUGCCUCCUCAUUGGAAGAAUUUUUCAUCAUUAUCUGUAUUGGACAUUUCAAAAAAUAGCAUUUUCAACACAAUUCCGCACGGCUUUUGGAAUUCCUGCUCAAAUAUUGAGGAAUUAUAUCUUACAAAGAAUGGACUACGCGGACAGGUACCACACUUACCAAUUCGAUCACCCUUUGGCAGAUUAUAUUGA